AUGGAGAAGCUGGCAGCUUGCUUCCUCCAGAGCUUUGGGUCUCCGGUGUUCAGCUACCUGAGCACGGAGGACCGGCACACCGUCCGCACCUGCUGCCGGUACCUGAAGAAGCUCGUGGACCACCCGUCGCUGUGGCGGACCGACACCGUGGCGCUGCACCUCCGCCGUUCCUCCGGGCUCACGCCGUGGGGUGUCGUGGACGGCGGGCGGCUCUACAAGCAGAAGUACCUGGACAACCUGACCCGGUUCCCCGAGCUCAGGGACCUCGGGGUCGCAACGCCACCUGGGACGAGCCGCCUGCUGGGCCGGAGUCUGAGGCGAGCAGCUGCGGGUCGGCUCACGCACCUGAGCGUGUGCAACGUGCGGCUCACCUGCACGGUGGAGUUCAUCGACGCGUGCCGCGCGCACCUGGUGAACCUGCGGUACCUGCUCUUCCACCAGCAGGGGGAGGGCUACGGGCUGGACACGGUGCGGCCGGUGCCCCGCGAGGUCUUCCACAACCUGCUGCUCCACCUGCAGAAACUGAAGCACCUGUCCUGGGGGAUGAGGGGGGAGCCGCCCGAGCCGCUGCCCGACGACUACCUGAGCCCCCCCGACCCGGAGCACCCAGGAGCGACCCGGUACGGCGGCCCGGCGCUCACCACUCUGGAGCUGGUGGAUUACCCAGAAACCAUCCUGCCAGAGGACGCACUGAGGAGUCUGACCUCGCUCAGGUCUCUGACGGUCCGCUACAGGUACAUCAGAGAGGGCAUCGAGUGUCGCCUCAAGUCCUGGCUGAGUCCUCUCCAACAGCUGGAGACACUCAGCAUCAUCGGUGGUAAUUCUCUCGCCACCUAUACGACCACCAUCCCGUCCAGUGUGACCAGGCUGACGCUGCGUGUGGCCAUCACUCUGAAAGACAUGGACUCCAUCGCCCCUAAAGUCCCGGCGCUCGAGCACCUCGACAUCGAGCAGAACCGCUCCAGCGGGAGCCUCUGCAGACGGAUCCCCAUGCUGUUUCCUCAGCUCCGGACGCUCAGGAUACGGUUUUUCCGUAGAGAACCGGAGAAAGACCUGCUGAGCCUCCACCGGCUGCGACACCUGGUGCAGCUGGAGCUGCUGGUGGAGCGCUCGUUCAUCCUGAGAGACUACCUGAACGGCCACCCCUGGCCCAGCCCUUGCGUGCAGGAGCUGAUCAACCAGCUCCGGGAGCUCUCCGAGAACAGGAUCACCGUCAUCACGACGAUGCGCCAGAGAAACCAGCUGAGAGAGUGCGACUGUGUGUGGGAGGGGGACUGAGGAGGGGAAGAGAACUGGGAAAAUAGAUUGUAUUUCCCCUGAAGAGAGAAGACAGAGUCGGGAACAGAGUCGGGAACCCAAAAACCUGAAGUGGCUGCUGUUGAUGGUAACAGGGGUGCCACUGAAGUAAAAUAUGUAAAGAUAAAAGAGGCUACUGAUGGUAUAAAGUUAGGAAUCUUAGAAAAGAGCCUCAACAUGAUGGUUAAUGGAAUCGAAAACCCUAUAAAGAACUGAAGUCCACUAGCAGACCCGGAUUCCAGGGUCCAUAAGAGUUGUGAGCAGUUUAGAAAAAUGUAUGUAAUUUACCACGAAGAAAAUACAGAGCGGCACGAACAACGGUUGUUAAUGGAAGCCUAGUUUAAAAAAACAGAGCCCAACAGAUCGUUUCGGUAGCAUAUCGGUAUAUUUAUCUAAUAUAUGUUCAUUUGAAAAUUGGUGUCACUGCAGAGUUUAACCAGCAGGGGGCGCUAUUAUUUCCAAUACUGUGCAAGCAGCACAGAGUAAGAGAAGAAGCAGCUCUUAGCAAUGUCAACUAGAAUCAGUUGACAAUAUAUAUUUGAAAUUAUUAACUUGUUAAAGAAUAUUUAAUUUAAAUAUUCUUUGAUCAGUCGCUCCAGGAUUUCACUGGAUUUUUUUUUUGUGAUAGUUGCAGCUUUUCUAAAAAAAAAGUUGGAAUGUUUUUAGGCAUUUUUUGGCAAUUAGAUUGUAGAAGAAAGUAAAAAUUUAAAAAAAAUUUGAAUUUGAACAAAUCGAAGGCAACUUGUUCGAGUGAGAAUAAAAUCGAUAGUUUGGUGAUAAAUGUUUUGCUAUGAUUUGGCCAAAGUUGCACAGAGUUCACAAUAAUAAUUAUUUGUUAGUUAUUUUUAUAGUUAUUUGCAAGCCCCCUGGAAGAACGGCAGAUCUCAAAGAUCCCAUUUCGGUCAAAGCAUAUAUAAGGUAUAAGCCUGUCUCAGAUUCUCCAGAGCAGAGCAGUCGAUUGUAUUUUUCUAUUUAAUAAGUAAUUUAAUCAUUUCUUUCCCCGCCAAAAAUGUAUUAAUGCACCUUAAGCGUUUUUUUGUUGUUUUUUUUAGAUUUUAUUGAAUAGAGACGGGAUCGAAAUGGGUGCAUUUUGAGUGGUUUUGUUGUAUUUAAAGAAUACAAUUCAGACACACACCUGUUCUGAGUUUUAUUUUAUUUAUUAAUAAACUGCCUAAUUUGUGUAAAAUCA